AUGGCUUCGUCCGUGUUCGAGGGCACUUCUCUGGUCAACAUGUUCGUACGGGACUGCUGGGUGAACGGGGUCCGGCGGCUGCUCAUCAGUCGCCGGGGAGAGGAGGAGGACUUCUUCGAGAUAAGAACCGAGUGGUCGGACCGGAAUAUCCUCUACCUCCACCGCAGCCACUCGGACCUGGGCCGGCUGUUCCAGAGGCUGUUGGAGUCCUUUCCUGAGGACCGGGGAGAGCUGGCCAAGUGUCCGCUAAUAGACGGUGAGUGGUAA